GAAGAAUGUAAAGAUCAAAUUCAUGGUUAUCCUAGUGCUUUGUUUAAGAAAUUUUAUACAAAGCAGCAUGCAAAAGAAUAUAUUAAUGGUCCUAUUAUUGAUAAGAAUAAUAAAAUAGAAGUUUGGACAGAUAGAUAUUGUAAAAAUAAUGGAAAAAAAGAAGCAAUUGCAAGUUUUGGAGUCUUUUUUGAUGAUAAAGAUCCAAGAAAUAAAAGUGAAAGAUUACCUGAUAAAUUACAAACAAAUAAUUAUACAGAAAUAUAUGCUGUAAUCAGUGCUUUAGAAACAAGUCAUAGUGGAAUAUAUGGAAAUGAUCAAGCAGAUAAAUUAGCAUUUAUAGGAUCUAAAAAAGAUGUAAAAGAAUUAAUUAUUCCUGAAUCU